CGUGAAAAACACCGUGCAGGCAGCAACCAUCGUAACACUUUUUCGUGAAGAUCAUCCAAGAAAAGUGUGCACUGAAUCGGUACGAUGGCGCUCCGAUUGUUUCGCUUGAGCCAGGAUGUGGUUACGCCGCUGAUCAAGCGUAACUGUACCGUAUCGGCGUUUGAACUCCAGCACAAGAAUCCCGUCCAACGAAAGGUGGAACAAAUCCCGAAAGCACAAUAUGGUGGGCGCCACACGGUGACGAUGCUACCGGGCGGAGGAAUCGGCCCGGAGUUGAUGAGCUACGUGAGGGAGGUGUUUCGGUUUGCCGGUGUACCAGUGGAUUUUGAAAUUGUCGACAUCGAUCCGGCUAGUGAAGGAAACGAUGAUCUCGAGUAUGCCAUCACGUCCAUUAAGCGAAACGGCGUUGCGAUUAAGGGUAACAUUGAAACCAAAUCGGAAGCUACAGGCAUUCUGUCUCGUAAUGUCGCGCUUCGCAAUGAGCUUGAUUUGUUCGUCAAUGUGCUGCACUGCAAAUCGUUCAAUGCGAUUCCGGCUCACCACCAGAACGUGGAUGUGGUGAUCGUACGACAAAACACGGAGGGCGAGUAUGCUAUGCUGGAGCACGAAAGUGUGCGAGGUGUGGUGGAAAGCAUGAAGGUGGUCACGGUCGAGAAUGCAGCUCGUGUGGCACGGUUUGCUUUCGAGUUUGCCAAGAACAACAACCGCAAGAAGGUGACCACGAUCCACAAGGCUAACAUUAUGAAAUUGGCCGAUGGGUUGUUCUUGAAGGUGGCACGGGACAUUGCCAAGGAGUAUCCAGACAUUCAGCACAAUGAUAUGAUUAUUGAUAAUUGUUGCAUGCAGCUAGUCUCCAAUCCGCAUCAGUUUGACGUAAUGAACACAACAAAUCUGUACGGUAGUAUUACAUCCAAUGUGCUCUGCGGUUUGGUCGGUGGUGCUGGACUGUUUUCCGGACGUAACUAUGGUGAUCAUUAUGCCGUUUUCGAACCGGGCACUCGUAACACCGGUACAGCAAUCGCUGGUAAGAACGUGGCCAAUCCGGUUGCGAUGCUGAAUGCGGCAGUGGAUAUGCUGUACCACCUGGGACAUCGCUACCACGCCGAUUGCAUCUCCGAUGCUCUUCAUAAAACAAUUGACAUCGAUGGAAUUCACACACCUGAUCUUGGCGGUAAUAACACCAGCACCGAUAUCGUACAGAACGUGCUGAAGCAUCUGGCCGAGAAGAGAACCUACUGGUUUCCGGCGUAUGCGUACAUGUGAGAAGUUAGGCUAGAACCGAAAAGUGAAGAAGAACGAACUUAAUAUAAACCAAAGGUCCCUAACUACUCAAACCUAGUAAACAUCUUCCUAACACCUGUCCAAUUCCUUUCUUUCGGUUCAUAACAUCUAAUCGCCAAUUGGUGUUUGUGUGUACUCUACUGGUGGAUGGGAUUAUUUUCCUUUCUGGGCGAUGGAAUUGGAGACAAAAUCGGCAACAGCGAAGCGAGGAAAGGAAGCAUAAAUUGGCAAUGUGAGGGCGUAGGUUAGGAAGCAGAGCUAUUUUCCGAACCGUUGGCAAAUCUAGGUUUACGAGUGACAAAUGAAGAACAUUAAAAACAAUAAUAACAUAAAAUCAAAAUUUACGAAAAUCUUAUAUCUGUUUCCAAAUCUUGUCCACCUCCACCACUGUUGUUGUCGUGUUAUCCCAUCAUAACGUUGUGUGAGUUUCCUAUCACUUCAGUUUCAUCCCGUAUUAUGUCGUUUGGUUUAUUUGGUUGGUUGUUGAACAAUAACUACUUUUAUGUUUUUUUUUUGCUCUCGCUCUGUUUGUCAAUUUUGGUUGGUUCAUUAUUCCUAUGUUUUUCUCCUGGUAAUGAUGCGCAAUCGCAAAACAAGCAGUUGCAAUUAGCUAUAUUGAUCACUUCUAUAUUGAGCUUAAGUUUAUUUUUAUCUUUAAUUUACACAUUUUAACAAAAGUAGAGCUAUUUAGAAAGAAAGUUAAUUCUUCCUGCGAUUGACGAUCAUUGACCAAAGUGUGUGAAUGUGGAAUUUUUUGAUAACGAUCAUCCACUACCGGUCCCGUACGAUUCGGGUGUGCCGUUAAUGAACGUAUUAUGAUUGGACGUGAUCUUCUUGUGCUAAAAUAUGGAUAUUGCAGACUACCUGUGACCAUCUGCAUACUUUUACCUUGUGACGCCGUUAUUGCGUGGAAUGCAUUUUAAAGUCGAAAAGUGAGCUGUUUUUUCCAAAAUUAAACCUAUAUGAAUAUCAUGAGAUCUGAUUCUGGAGUGCGCUCCCUACAAAGAAGUAGCUCAUUUUUCUUCGAAAUGAACCUGUUUAAAUUUAUUCCGAAAUUGUUUGACAUCUUUCUUUUUCUUCUGUUUUGCAUUGAUUGUAAUGAAACCAUUUUCGAUUUUGCUACAAAUGUAAAUGUGUGCCCCCAACCCGCAACACCCAACGAUUGUACAGAGUAAAAAGAAGCUGGCAGCUUUACCAUCUCCAAUUGACACGGUACUCGUGAUCCUGCGCAAAUCUUUAUUCAGCAGCUCGGAGGAGACUCUCUGCCCACUUGGAACUUACGUUAUUGCCAUAUUUAUUAUAAUGGAGAUCGGUUAGUGUUCUUUUGUUGAAAAUUGUUAUAAUCUAUUAUGUAAUUCAAACAAAAUAUUAAAAAAUUCGACUACUGUCAUCGCUUUCGAUCCGCUGUAUACGUUUUGAAUAUGUUUUCCAAAUUUUAUGAGAACGAUUGUAAAGUCAUUCCCAGAGUAUUACGAAGUUAAACGAUUUUGGUCUCAAAAUUCGUAUGAUGUUUUUUAAAUAUUCAAAGUUACCGGGAACUGUUCUGCUGUCAAGUGAUGGAACCAACAAAUUGUGAUUAAGAGACAUUAAAAUAUACGAUCGAAGUUGAAUGA